AUGAGGAAAACUGUUGAAUCUUUUCCUUUGGUUUCCGGAGCUACAACGGAAGAGGACAAGCAGUCUCAGAAUUUGGAGAAAAGUGGACCAUCAAGGAAACAUGACAUAGAUUUAAAAAGAAUUGUCUUUGUCAUCCAGAGCCAAAGUAAUUCUUUUCAUGCAAAGAGAGCAGAGCAGUUGAAGGAAAACAUCUUACAACAGGCGGCAGCUCUUACCCAGGAACUCCCCCGAGUUGUUCUUACUCAUCAGCUGGUGAAGCUGGAAGGCGCCUGGACCAUCCUUCCCUUGUUACCACACUUUUCUGUGACAUAUAGCAGAAAUUCGUCAUGGAUUUUCUUCUGUGAAGAAGAGACGAGAAUACAAAUUCCAAAACUCUUAGAAGUACUCAGAAGAUAUGACCCAACUAAGGAAUGGUUUUUAGGAAAAGCAUUACAUGAUGAAGAAUCUACAAUAAUUCACCAUUACGCCUUUUCAGAAAAUCCUGCAAUUUUUAAAUAUCCAGACUUCGCCGCUGGCUGGGCCCUUAGUAUCCCACUUGUCAACAAGCUUACCAAGAAGUUAAAGAGUGACUCCCUGAAAUCCGACUUUACGAUAGAUUUAAAACAUGAGAUUGCCCUCUACAUUUGGGACAAAGGUGGCGGACCUCCACUGACUCCAGUGGCUGAGUUUUGUACCGAUGGAGGGGGCUCCCACUGUGCCACCACCUUCCAUUCGUUCCUGCCGCUUUGUGGAAAGCCAGUGAAGAAGGAGCAUAUCUUUGUUGCAGUAAAAACAUGCAAGAAAUUUCAUGGUGACAGAAUACCCAUCGUAAAGCAGACUUGGGAAGCAGAAGCAGGUCUCAUUGAGUAUUACAGUGACUACACGGAGAGCUCCAUUCCUACUGUAGAUUUGGGAAUUCCUAACACAGACAGAGGUCAUUGUGGAAAGACAUUUGCCAUUUUGGAAAGAUUUUUGAAUCAUAGCCAUGACAAAAUACCGUGGUUGGUCAUUGUGGAUGAUGACACGUUGAUAAGCAUCUCCAGGCUCCAGCACUUGCUUAGCUGCUAUGACUCCGGUGAAGCUGUGUUUCUGGGAGAGCGUUACGGCUACGGACUGGGGACUGGCGGCUACAGCUACAUCACGGGAGGAGGAGGAAUGGUCUUCAGCAGAGAAGCCAUCAGGAGACUCCUUGCCAGUCAGUGUCAGUGCUACAGCAACGAUGCUCCGGACGACAUGGUCCUGGGGAUGUGCUUCAGUGGGCUGGGGAUCCCAGUGACGCACAGCUCGCUCUUCCAUCAGGCUCGGCCAGUGGAUUACCCUAAGGAUUACCUUGCCCACCAAGUUCCCAUCUCGUUCCACAAACACUGGAACAUCGAUCCGGUGAAGGUGUAUUUCACGUGGUUGGCACCCAGUGAGAAAGACAGAGCCAGGCAGGAGACACAAGCGCGCUUUAAAGAAGAGUUGUAAAGUGUGGUGAUGCUGUGAGCAUAGUCGGGCAGUGAACGGGCAUGGAAACCUCGGCAUCGUCCACCCGCUGUGCUGGGCUCGUUCUGACUGUGGGUGGAAAUGAUGUAGAUGAUUUUUUUUUUUUUUUAAAUGAGAGGAGAGGAAAAGGAGUUAUAAAGAAGCAGAGACAUUUUAUUGUCCCCUGGGAAAAAUCUGUUGCUUUUGAAUUAUGCAGUUAUUGUAAUAGGAAGUGAUGACUGUGUGUUUUCAAGCUGUGCCCCAGCAGCUUUAUGACCGUCAGCAGGAAAAUAAAUGGUAUCAGAAGUCCCUUUUCUGUUCCUUCUCUUCAUUAUUAUAAUGAAGGUUUCAGUUGGGCAUGACUGUCUGUCAUUCUAUAGAUACGUAAAGAAGAGUGAAAGUCCUUUGACGUGGUGUUGGCCAAGAAUACCGAGUAUACUGCGGACUGCCAGAAGAACGAACAAAUCUGUCUUGGAAGAGAAACAGCCAGAACGCUCCUUAGAAGCAAGGAUGGCGA